AUAUAUCAUCUUAUUUGUUUAAAAUCUAGAGUGCUUUAAUUAUGGAUCGUCGUAAUCGGGAUAUAAGGCGCCGUUUAAUUCGUGCGAUUCGUCAUGGGAAACUGGAAACAGCAAGAGAGUUAAUAAAUUCUUACGGGCUGCCAUAUUCAGAAUCAUCGCCAAAAGGAUAUGAUUUACUUUGUGAUGCUCUUGAUAAUAAACAUUCGGAGGUGGCUAAAUUACUUUUAACAAGCGGCUCUGAAGUCAACAGUUAUCAAAACUCUUCUAAUACUCCCCUUCAUUUUGCUGUUAAAAAUGGUGACAUAGAUGAUCAAGAAGAAAUUAUCGAAUUACUUUUAAAACAUAAAGCUGAUGUAAAUGCUGAAGACGAAGACAGAAUAACUCCACUAUUUCAUGCUAUUGAAAAUAAAAAUUUAAAAAUUACCAAGCUACUUUUAGAUAAUGGAGCAAAUGUUAAAGAUUAUCCCGAGCUAUUGAAUAUUGCUGUUAAGAGGGGAUGCACGGAAAUCGUUGAACUUCUUUUGCAACAUAAUGCUGAUGUUAACGCUACCGAUGAAAACGGUUACACAGCAUUGCUUUCAACUUUAAGUGAUUUUUAUCAAGAUUUUUGUAAAUUACGUACUGAUAGAGAUCCUGAUGUUAAUAUAAAGAGGAAAAUUACUAAACUGCUUCUUAAUCAUGGUGCUAAUGUAGACGCUAAAACUCCAGGUGGUUCGACGCCACUUCAUUUUGCUGUCUACAAUGGAUAUUCACAAGUUGUUGAAGUUCUUUUAGAAUAUAAUGCAAAUGUCAAUGUUAGAGAAAAAACAAGUCUCGAGACACCACUCCAUAAGUCUGCACGAAGCAAAAAUGUAGAAAUUUGUGAAAUGCUUUUGAAUAAAGGAGUUGACGUAGAUGCUGGGGAACGGAAUGGAUUAACAGCGUUGCACAUUGUAACUCAAGAAGGUUCCAACGAUAUUGUAAAACUAUUGCUUGAACGUGGUGCCGAAGUUGAUUCUAAAACUAAAUAUAAUAUUACACCCCUGUAUUUCAGUGCUCAAAGAGGUCAACAGGAAAUCAUUGAAACUCUCUUGAAAUUUGGUGCUGAUAUUAAUUGUAGAAAUAUGGAUGGCAAUAGAGCACUCCACAUUGCAUCUCAAUUUGGGCAUGUUAAAGUUGUCACAACUCUCUUGGAGUAUGGCUGUGAUAUUAAUUCUAGAGAUAUAGAUGGCAAAACAGCACUCCACAUUGCAUCUCACGAAGGGCGUUUUAAAGUUUUCACAACUCUCCUGGAGUAUGGCUGUGAUAUUAAUUCUAGAGACAAGGUUGGCAAUACAGCACUCCACAUCGCUUCUCACUUGGGGCAUAAUGAAGUUGUUACAACUCUCUUGGAGUAUGGAUCUGAUAUCAAUAUUAUGACUUACAGCUAUCUUUCACCUCUUGAUUAUGCUAAAACUGCUAAAAAAGCUAAAACUAUUGAAAUUCUUAAACGCCACAUAGUUCGAAUGAAAACCGCAAAUUUAUAUGUUAGUCAACGAAAUUUGCGUUCAGUUGAUGAAAUUUCCUUUCCUGAUUUUCAGGAAAAAUGUGAGAAUGAAAUAACAAGCAUGAAGAGCGUGAAGAUGAAUAAUUAUAAUAUUUCAUUUUAUGAUAUCUUGAUAAGGAAUUCUCAUUCAUUAGCAAUAUGUUUGAGGAACGAAAAUAUAGUGCAGAUUCUAAAAUUAGACGACUAUAAAACAAAAUUUCCAAUAUAUGGAAGCAUGAUUAAAAGCCGCUUCAGAAAUGGUAUGAAAAGAAACGAGUUACUUGAUCAAGUGAAUAAAAUUUUACAUUUUCUUUAUUCUUUUUUUGCCAAUCAUUUUCAAUUACCUCAAGAAUGUAUAGAAAAUAUAAUUAGUUACUUGAGUAACGUAGAUUUAAAGAUAAUCAUCAAAAAAAGUAAAGAUAAAUAAGUAGACGCUCCUGGAAAAUUUCAUUUGAGUUUCUUACGUUUGAAUUUUACGAGUGAAGCCAAUUUUCUCGAUAAAUAACGAUUUUACACGAAAAAUUAUUUUAUUUAUGGCCAUCAAGGUUUGCGGUAAUCGA